GUGACCUUCCUCCGGGUUUCCCAUUUUGUCCAUGGAUGAACAGAGGAAGGUCACAAAUCCUCCUCUAUAAAUAUGAUGAUAUUGGAUAGAGGAGGGGAUCCACCUGCCAUCCCAUUGAUGAUACCAGGCAUGGGGACGACCUUUGCCCCGAUCACCACGGUAGGAUCAGUUGGCAUGAUCCCAAUCAUGUCAACCCCUACUCCUGCGCCAACGACAACAAUGUUCCCAGGCUCGAUAACAACGCCUGGUGGAGCUUUCACACCAUACCCGUCAGCUUGGGCUCAGUUUGCUGCUGACCCGGCAAAUGCUCAGGCUCUACAGGGCUAUCAACAGGUGAUGGCCAUGAUGCAACAGGCAGGGGGCUUCAUGCCAUUUGCCUAUCCUGGUAUGACGCCGCCAAUCAUGCCACCUCCGAUGUCGAUCCCGUCGACAUUUGUCCCUAGGAUGGUCCCUAUACGCCCGGUGAAUCUGACGGGGACCAUGAAUGAAGCAGCACCCUCAAAUGUCUAUGAGGUCGAUGAGGCGGAGAAAGAGGCGGCCCGCAGGAGGAAGGGUAAGGCUAUAGCCAAACCCAGCAAGACCCGAGAUUCGGCGUUCAAACGCCUAGGGGACAAAGAGGACGGGCUCCGCAAGUCUGCCAAGCUACGUCUUGGUCCUGAGAUGGGCCGGACUAGCGCAAUGGAAAGACUUGGAGGGAAUCGUCCCGCCCAAUCUCGUCGUUCUAGGGAAUCUGAGACGAUUCACCUAGACGAGGAGGAAGCUGAAAGCCAGCCCAGGGCAUCGGCAUAUACCAGGCUCUCAUAUGAUGAGGAUGACCUGGACAAGAUAGGAAGCGUAGCAAGAAAGCUACGUGCCCUGGAAGAAAAGGUGGACGAGAAGGCGGGAGCAAAGAAGCACACCCUGGCCAAAUCACCCUUUUCGGCCAGGGUACAUGCACAAAAAUUGAGGCGGAAGGUCAAGCUGGACGUGGAGAAAUUCACUGGAAAGGAGGAUCCAAAUAUCCACCUUGACACCUUCCACAAUGCAGCACAGAUGGCCGGGUGCACUGAUGCUGAGGAGUGCUUGCUCUUCUUCUCAUCCUUGAGAGGGAGGCCUGUGGAAUGGUUUAACGGCCUUCCCCAUGGCAGGAUUGGGUCCUUUGAGAAACUUGCCGAAGUUUUCCGCAAGAAGUACCAGGACAACUGCAUUAAGAGGAAGAAGUUCACCUACCUUAACACGCGGGAGCUGGAAGAAGGCUACACAAAGGUGAAAUCUGACAAGCCGAAGAAGGAUGACCAGACGGGAGGGUCCAAGCCAAAGGCCACAUAUGACGGGUCCAUCCACCAAAUAAGGGAUGAUAAGAAGGGAGAGCAACCCAAGAGACCAUGGACGGAGAAGUGGUGCACAUACCACCAAUUCGAUUCCCACAACACGGCGGACUGCCGAAAUGUCAAGGCCGUGCUCAAGGAGAUGGCCUUGAACGGAGAGCUGGGGGAAGGUUAUGCAUCGGGGAAUAAAGAUCCAAAAGCGAACACCUGGACCCGUCCUCAGGGAAAAGACCAGGGGAGGAAAAAAUCUGGGAAGGAUAACAACAAGCCGGAUAAAGAAUUCAUCGAGAUGAUUGUCGGCGGCCCAGAAGGCGGGGACACUGCCUCCCAGCGGAAGAAUUGGGCUAGGAGCUUGCAUGUAGCGGUGGUUUCCCUGGAAUCACAAGGGAAGCAGGCAAAGAGGGAACCUAUCACUUUCACUGAUAGGGAUCUGCCUAGGACGGGGGGAGAUCAUAAUGACCCUUUGGUUAUUACAAUGGAUAUCAAUGGAGCUGAUGUGGCCAGGGUUCUGGUUGACACAGGAAGCAGUGUCAAUGUUCUAUACUUAGAUGCUUUCAAGAAAUUGAAGCUGGACAGAUCCAUGUUGAGACCGUUGCAAACUCCAUUGUCAGGCUUCACUGGAGCUAGCAUAGAAGCGGAAGGUCAGAUCACCUUACCAGUUACCUUGGGGUCGGGUAACAAAACAGUAACCAAGCAAAUGAGAUUUGUUGUGGUUGAUAUCAAGUGUGUACAUAAUGCCAUUCUUGGUAGACCUGGAAUCAACCAGGAUCUGACUGAGUAUGUGAUGGAGCAAAUCCCUAGGGGGGAAAACACUGAUGCUGACUUGCUAUCAAAAUUGACGCAAGCAGCCCCGGAGCAUGUGUCCAAGCUGGCCAGGAUUGAGACGCUGGAGAAAGCCAGCAUUGAAGGGUUUUCUGUUAGCAUGAUAGAGGAAGAUGGACAGCCCAAUCUAGAUCGAGUGGAGCCAUAUGAUAUUUGGAUGGAUGACUUGGUCAGGUACUAUAUGACCGGGCAAUUCCCUGAGGAUGAGGAUAGGGUAAGAAAAGUAAAGCUGAGGGCUCCAAGAUUCCAAAUGCUUGAUGGAAGGCUAUACAAAAGGGCAUUUGGCGGUCCGCUGCUGAGAUGCUUGACCAGGGCGGAGGCGGAAAGAGUGAUCGCCGAAGUUCAUGAGGGAACAAAUUGGCUAGAGGAGUUGCCACAUAUCAUCUGGGCUUACCGAGUCACUUCGAGAAGGGCCACAGGGGAAACACCCUUCGUCCUUACGUACGGGUGUGAGGCCAGACUACCCAUCGAAGCUAAAAUAAUGACCUUUCGGGAGAAGGUCUAUGAAGAAAAAGGGAAUGAGAAAGAUCAUUUAGCGAAGUUGAACUUCCUGGAAGAAAGGCGAAUGGUCGCUGAGGCCAAAAUGAUUGAAUACCAGCAAGCAGCCAAGGCCUACCAUGAUAACAAGGUAGGGCCUCGUUACUUCCAGGUGGGUGAUGAGGUCCUAAGACGAAGGGAGGCCAGCAAACCGGGAGACGGGGGAAAGCUUGCAAAGAAAUGGGAAGGCCCAUAUAGGGUCACAGCAAUAUUACGCCCUGGGACGUACAAGUUAGAAACCAUGGAAGGUAGAGAAUUGGAAAGGUGCUGGAAUUCCCACCACCUUAGAAAAUUCUACCGGUAGGCCAAAUUGGUAGGGUUUGCAUUUGUAAUACCCCUUCAAUGAUGAAUAAAAGCUUUCUUCAAUACAAGUGAUGUUGGGUC